UUCGCAGUUGAAAGCAGCGAAAAACGCAAACCGGAUGGCCCUGACCGGCCGGCGUUAAGCCACCGGGCACCGGCAGCGUGGGACCCAGCCUGCCAGUGAGACGGUAGACCGCCGCUACGCGCACCCAGCACCGCGUCCCCAAAAUUCGGCACCGGAGCGGCGGAAGGGAAGAGAGGAGAGGAGAGGUGAGAGAAGAAGACGAGAAAGCGAAGCUGCUUGCGGGUAGAGAGGGGUGCAGUCGAGUCGCCUCCCCGUCCGUCUCCGGGGUAAAAGCCUCGCCCCCGCCGCGCCAUGGAGCCCAAGUCGUCGGCGUCGGCGGCUCAUCAGGGGGGCGACGCGCCGGCCGAGGCGCCGCGCAGGCGCGGCGGCGGCGGGAAGCGCAAGUCGGGCGGGUCGUCGUUCACCCCGUCGAAGAGGCACGCCAAGGAGCGGAACGCGGCCUUCCACGUGCCCCCUCACCUGCUGCACAGCGGGCCGCUCACCCGCGCCGCGCGCCAGUCGCCGCACAAGCUCGCGGAGGAGGCGGCGGCCGCGGCGGCGGCGGGGGCCGGCGGAUCGGAGGCGGGCGGCGGGAAGGGUGGCGGGGACGUGAUCCGGCUCGAAGGGGAGGAGGCGCCCACCGAGGAGACGCCUCUGGUGGACGAGGUGUUCGAGGCCGUCCGAUCCCGCGGCGCCGGCGUCCAUGUGGUCCCUACCUUCGCCGGAUGGUUUUCAUGGAAGGAAAUCCACCCAAUUGAGAAGCAAAUGUUGCCUUCUUUUUUCAAUGGCAAAUCUGACAAGCGGACACCUGAGAUAUAUUUAGGGAUCAGAAAUUUCAUCAUGUUGAAAUUUCAUGCUAAUCCUCAGUUGCAGCUGGAGUCCAAAGAUUUGGCUGAGCUAUCGAUUGGGGAGGCUGAUGCUCAUCAGGAAGUGUUGAAGUUCCUGGACCACUGGGGCUUGAUCAAUUUCCACCCUUUUCUACCAGCUGGACAAGAGGAGAGUAAGCCAGAGGAGGCCCAUGGCAAGUCUCACAGUGAGGAGAAAGCUUCAGUGCUUGAACAGCUGUUUAAAUUUGAAUCAGUUCAAUCAUAUAUGAUCCCUUUACCAAAGAAAGGGGAAGUGGAAACUCCAGCUCCUCUGCCUAGUUUGCUUCCUGAUCCUGCACUAAUUGAAGAUGUAGUUUCAGCAGCCGAGCCCUCUGUUGAGUACCAUUGCAAUUCCUGCUCUGUUGAUUGCUCAAAGAAGCGUUACCAUUGCCGGACCCAGGCAGAUUUUGACCUUUGUUCUGAUUGCUACAACGAGGGAAAGUUUAAUAUAGGCAUGGCAAAAACCGAUUUCAUCCUCAUGGAUUCUUCUGAAGUUUCUGGUGCUAGUGGUACUAGUUGGACUGACGAAGAGACAUUGCUUCUUUUAGAAGCUUUGGAAAUUUUUGGUGGAAAAUGGACUGAGAUAGCUGAACAUGUUGCUACAAAAACAAAAGCUCAGUGCAUGCUGCACUUCCUUCAAAUGCAAAUUGAGGACCGCUUUCAUGGCGAUGAAGAUAUUAAUCAAAAUAUCCAGGAAAACACAGAGCAAGCUUCAGCAGAAAAAGGCGCUGCUGAAAUACCUGAUAAAAUGGAAGUUGAAGAGAAAGCAGAAGGAAAAGAUACUGCAGGUGAGAAAACUCCAGAGAAAGCAGAGGGCAAUAGUGUAGAAGCACAAACGGAAGAUGGAAAUGCUAUUGAAAAUAAAGAUGCCAAUAAUUCAGGUGGCACAGAUUCAGUUAAAUCUCUAAACACUGAUGAGCCAAAAAAAUCUUCUGAUGCUGACCCACCGAAAAGUUCAUCCGAUGCUGAACCUGUAGUGAAGGAAAAUUCUGUUGAUGUUGAUACUUCUCGUGAAAAUGCAUCAAACUUUGCUAUUGAUACAUUGAAAUCCGCAUUUGAGGCUGUUGGUUACUUCCCAGAACAUGAAGGUUCAUUUGCUGAUGCAGGAAAUCCUGUUAUGGCACUGGCAUCAUUUUUAGCUGGUCUUGUGGAAGAUGACACUGCAACCAAUUCAUGUCGAAGUUCACUAAAAGCUAUCUCUGAGGUUUCUCCUGCACUUCAGUUGGCAACUAGACACUGCUUUAUUCUUGAGGAUCCACCAAGUGAUGUGAAAGACAUGUCUGGCAAUGCAAGUACUACAAGCACAGAUGGUGAUAAAAGAAAAGACAAGGAUAAGACUCAAGAUUCAAUUGAUAGUGAAGUGGAAGGCAUAAAUAAAAAGGGAGAGACGGUUCUAUCUGUUGAAGGGAAAAAAAGUUCUCCCAUUUCACCAAAAGGCCAAGACACAGACAAAAAGGAUGAAUGUGAUGAGGACCCCUCAGUGGAUCCUAAACACAAUAAUGGUAAGGAGUCAGAUGAUCCUGUUUCUCUGGAUAAAAGUGUGUCCAACAACAAAAAAGGUAUAAACUCCAGUAAAGAUUCAGUUACUCCACUGAAUAUUACAAAUCAAUGUGGUAUGAUAACUUCUCAAGGGUUUGUCACAGGAAAUACCAUGGAAACAAGUAAUCCUGAAAUGAUAGAGGACAAAGCAAGUUCUGAAGUCAACCCUGCUGAUGAUUCAUCUUUAGAAGGCAAGGUUGAGAUGAAGAAGACCAAAGAUGCAGUUGCUAAUGCAACUACCGCACAGGAACAAAAGCAAAGCCAAAUAUUGGAAAAUGGCAAGAUGGAAGAACCUAAGAGUACUGAAGAUGUUGCUGCCGAUGAAGAGAACAGCUCUAGAGUAACCGCCAACCUCACGGAUUCCAUAACUAGGCUGAAACGAGCAGCCGCUACAGCUAUUUCUGCAGCUGCUGUGAAGGCAAAACUCCUUGCUGACCAUGAGGAAGAACAAGUCCGUCAGCUGGCUGCGCUGAUGAUUGACAAACUGUAUCGGAAAGUAGAGGCGAAGGUGUCUUUUCUCACCGAAGUUGAACACCUGGUCCAGAGAACAAGAGAAUACACUGAAAAGACUAGAAAGAAGCUUCUGAUGGAGCGAAAUGCGAUAAUCGCUGCCCGCAUGGGUUCAUUGCCAUCUAGGCCAAACCAGCCCGGUGCAGCCGGCAACAGAUUACCAGCUGGAUAUGGAGGCCCCAUCGUGAGACCACCACCAAACGCAAUGCCCCGCCCUAGCAGCUGAUCGAGCUGACCGUGGUGAUCCGGACAACUAGUGCUCUAUACCCCCAUUCUUUAGAGGGAUAUCUCGAAAGCCAUGAACUGUGUUGUAGUAGUACCAUUCUUUUAGAAGCAGAGAAUACUGUAUGACGAUCUGUUGUUACUGCAUAAGAGCUUCUAUAAAAUUUUUCACGAUUUUCACUUUGGA